UGGGGAGUGUGUGGAGGUGGGGGGCUAUAGAGGGGCUUCGGGGUGGGAAAGGGGUGAGGGGGAGAGGGGGCUAGGUAAGAGUCCCAGGGAUGCUCCUCUCCUCAUUCACUCCCCUCGCGCGGAGAAACACAGCAGCACGAGACGCGGAGCUCAUGCGCGCGCGGUUUGUUCACGGUUUAGAGUCGGACCUGUUGCUGACCUGUUGCAGGUUUUUUUUCCCCCUUCCAUGCAAGCUGACUACAAGGACCUUAUUCGUGGACUGUUUAGAUGUUUGUCCAGCUCCGUGUCAUGUAAAGUUAAACGUCUGUUGUUGUUGUUGUUGUUGUUGUUUUUUUGUAAGUCAAGGAAAAAUAAAUAAGACACACACGUGCAUGUAAACAGUGAUCGUGAGAGUCGCGUUUGGCAGCAUGGCGGACACGCACCGCACCGUUCACCGGAUUCCUGUCAUCCCGGAGCUCUGAGAGCGGACAGGAGCGGGAUCAGGAGCCGGGGGAAGAUCAGCCGGGAAGCGCCGAGCCGCGAUGGUGCUCACGCGCUGCGCGUUCAUGCGCGCGUGCCUCACUCUGCUCCUGCAGGCCAGCCAGUGGAGCGCGAGGGAGAGCUCGAGCUGCGACCUCAACAGGAAGCAAAGUGAGCUCAACUCCUUCCUGUGGACGAUCAAGCGUGAGCCGCCGUCGUAUUUCUACGGCACCAUCCACGUGCCCUACACGCGGGUUUGGGACUACAUCCCGGAGAACUCCAAAAAAGCCUUCCAGGAGAGCAACAUUGUGUACUUUGAGCUGGACCUCACUGACCCGUACACCAUUUCGGCACUGACGCGGUGCCAGCUACUACCGCAGGGCGAGAACCUGCAGGACGUUCUGCCGAGAGACAUUUACCGCCGUCUGAAAAGGCACCUGGAGUACGUCAAGCUCAUGAUGCCGUCGUGGAUGACUCCGGAUCAGCGAGGAAAGGGCCUGUACGCCGAUUACCUGUUCAACGCCAUUGCAGGCAACUGGGAGCGCAAACGACCCGUGUGGGUCAUGCUCAUGGUGAACUCGCUGACCGAGGCGGACAUUAAGACGCGUGGUGUUCCCGUACUGGACCUCUACCUUGCUCAGGAGGCGGAGAGGAUGAAGAAGAAGACGGGAGCUGUGGAGAAAGUCGAGGAGCAGUGCCAUCCUCUCAAUGGGUUGAACUUCUCGCAGGUGAUUUUUGCCCUCAAUCAGACGCUGCUUCAGCAGGAGAGUCUCCGGGCCGGGAGUCUGCAGGUCCCCUACACCACCGAGGAUCUCAUUAAGCACUACAACUGUGGAGAUCUCAACUCUAUCAUAUUCAACCAUGACACUUCACAGGUGCCCAACUUCAACAACGUCACUCUGCCUCCUAGUGAACAGAUCACGGCUCAGGAGAUCGAUAGCUACUUCCGUCAGGAGCUCAUCUACAAGCGCAAUGAGAGGAUGGGCAAGAGGGUCAAAGCACUGCUAGAGGAGCAUCCCGACAAGAGCUUUUUCUUCGCUUUCGGAGCAGGUCACUUCCUGGGCAACAACACAGUGAUCGAUGUUCUGAGAAGCCAAGGCUACGAGGUGGAGCACACGCCAGCUGGCCAGCCCAUUAACAGUGGCAAGAGAUCCGGCCGUCCUACAGACGGAGCAGACGACAACGCGUCGGAUGUGGAGUCGCCAGUGGAAGCCUUCCUUCAUGAAGACCGAGAAUGGCGCCCCAUUGAGGAGGAGGAGGAUCUUCCACCCCACUUGCUGCUCCCAGACAGCUUGGAGCUUCUCGAGAAGGUGGAGCGCAAGCUAAAGAAGAAACGGCGCAACAGGCUUAAGAAGCAACGACACCGGCAGUUCAAUGACCUCUGGGUCCGUAUGGAGGAAAGCACAACGCAGGAACCGCCGCCGGCAGUCGUCCGCAUCAUGAACGGCUACAUCACGGUCCAGGACGAGUCACGAGAUCACGGGAGGUCCGAUCACGACAGGACAUUCUCAGGCUCCAUGCCCAUAAUGGGAGGGGCUUCCUUCAUCACGCUCACAUUGUGCCUGCAUGUUAUCAUGCUCCUUGGUUUCCCUUUAAGCCUCUAAAGCGUCUCUCUGACCUCGAAGCUUGACCUCGCGACGUCCUGCGGCGCUUCAGAAAGACUCUACAGGUCAUUCCGAGACACUGCUGUACAUUCUCUUUUAAUGUAUUCUUCAUUUUCUGAAGGAUGACUGACUCACUGCAAUCGAGUGAAGGCUGUGUAAAUACCGAAUGUAUCAUAGAUGUAAUUUAGAGACAUGAAUAAAAAAAAAAAAACGGAUGCUUUUUUUUUCCCCUUCAUGUUUAUAUAUAAAUAAGAUUCACUAUAUUUUUGUGACUAAAUGAUUUACUAACAAACUUUUUUGUUGUUGUUGUUUAAAUCUCAAAUAUCGAAAAACCCUUA